UGUUCGGUGAAAUAGAACGUGUUACGCGACUGCUUUGAAAUGGUUUUGGCUUUGCUGCUGCUAAUCGGUUUGGCCACGCUUAUCUUCUGGCUAUAUAGAAUUAAUAAGGAAUACUAUGUGCUUGCCUUCUUUGCCAAGCGAGUGCGCACUAACGAUGGACGACCCGUAGAAAGCAUAGCUCCUGUCUGUGAAGGGCGAACUAUAUUUGGAAACUCGUUCGAUCUGUAUGGCAUGGAUGAUGUUGAAGUUUUUAAAUAUAUACACGAACGUUCUGAGAAGAUGGGUUGCAGCUAUUUGGAAUAUGUAAUGGGAUCAGCUAUUUACAAUAUAAUCGAUGCGGACAACUUUGAAUUCAUAGUGAAUCAUAAAGAUCUGAUAACCAAGGGCAUUGUAUACGAUUUUAUGCAACCUGCCCUACGACUAGGUCUACUAACAUCCUCAGGUCAGAAAUGGCACUCACGUCGCAAACUACUCACACCCACCUUCCACUUCAAUAUCCUGGGUCAAUUUAAUGAGGUUUUUAAAGCUGAGAGUUUGAAAUUGGUGAAACAAUUUGAAGACAAUGCAGAGACUUCUGUGUCUCUAAGUGAGCUCAUACCCAGGUUUACUCUCAACAGCAUCUGUGAGACAGCCAUGGGUAUCAAUUUGGAUGACAUGGCUGCUAAGGGGGAUCGUUAUCGCGAGAACUUUAGCAUGAUCGAAAAGAGAUUUGUAAAGCGAAUAGGCAAUCCCCUCUUUUGGAAUAAUACCAUCUAUAAUCUAUUUGGACCCAGUGACGAAAAGACGUUUUUAAAGGAAAUUCAUGAUUUCUCCAGCGAAAUUAUAGCCAAGCGUAGAACUCUAUUCGCGCAGGAAAUCAAAGAUAAGCAAAGCUCUGAGCCUGAAGAAGAUGAUAUUUACAUCAAGAAAAAACAACGCUUUGCCAUGUUGGAUACUCUUAUCAUGGCUGAAAAGGAUGGAGCCAUUGAUCAUGAGGGCAUUUGCGAGCAGGUGGAUACACUCAUGUUUGGGGGUUUUGAUACCACUUCCAUUGGCUUAAUAUUUGGACUUAUGAACAUGGGCUUAUAUCCGGAAGAGCAAGAACUGUGCUAUCAGGAGAUAUGCGAGCACAUAGCUGAUGACUUCAGCAAUUUGGACGUUAAUCAGUUGUCGAAACUCAAGUAUUUGGAUUGCUUCAUUAAGGAAACAAUGCGUCUAUAUCCAUCAGCACCCUCGAUUGGUCGUCAAACAAUUAAAGAUACCGAACUGGCCAAUGGCCUGAUAUUACCCGCUGGCGCCCAAAUUGUACUCAACAUUUAUGAGCUGCAUCGCAAUCCCAAAUACUGGAGCACCCCAGAAGAAUUUCGACCCGAACGCUUUCUGCCUGAGAACAGCAAAGAUCGUCAUACCUAUGCCUAUAUGCCCUUCAGUGCGGGUCAACGCAAUUGCAUUGGUCAAAAAUAUGCCAUGCUCGAGAUGAAGACACUAAUGAGCGUUAUACUUACAAAAUUCAAGAUUUUACCCAUUGUCAAUCCCAAGGAUUUGGUUUUUAACUCAGGCAUCACAUUAGGUUGCAAAACUAAUGUUAAAGUCAAACUUGUUAGACGUAGUUACGUAGAGCAAAUAUUUUCAGUCACUGCUUGUUGCUUGCUCAGUGAAAUAGAACGUACUACGCGCCGCUUUGAAAUGGGUCUGGGGUUGCUGCUGUUGAUCGGGCUAGGCACGCUUAUCGUCUGGCUAUAUAGAAUCAAUAAGGAAUACUAUGUGCUGGCCUUCUUUGCCAAGCGAGUGCGCACUAAAGAUGGACGACCUGUGGAGAGCAUAGCUCCGAUAGCUGAGAGCCGCACCAUUUUUGGCAAUUCGUUUGACUUGUUUGGCAUGGAUGAUGUUGAAGUUUUUGAGGAUGUCCACCUUCAAGCUCAGAAAAUUGGUCGCAGCUAUUUGGAAUAUGUAAUGGGAUCAGCUAUUUUCAAUAUAAUCGAUGCGGACAACUUUGAAUUCAUAGUGAAUCAUAAAGAUCUGAUAACCAAGGGCAUUGUAUACGAUUUUAUGCAACCUGCUCUACGAUUAGGUCUACUAACGUCCUCAGGUCAGAAAUGGCACUCACGUCGCAAACUACUCACACCCACCUUCCACUUCAAUAUCUUGGGUCAAUUUAAUGAGGUUUUCAAAGCUGAAGGUUUGAAAUUUGUGCAACAAUUUGAAGGCAAUGCAGAGACUUCUGUAUCUCUCAGUGAACUCAUACCCAGGUUUACUCUUAACAGUAUUUGUGAGACAGCCAUGGGUAUUAAACUGGAUGACAUGGCUGCCAAGGGAGAUCGCUAUCGUGAGAACUUCAGCAUGAUUGAAAAGAGAUUUAUAAAGCGGGCAAGCAAUCCACUUUAUUGGAAUAAUACCAUCUAUAAUCUAUUUGGACCCAGUGACGAAAAGACGUUUUUAAAGGAAAUUCAUGAUUUCUCCAGCGAAAUUAUAGCCAAGCGCAGAACUCUAUUCGCGCAGGAAAUCAAGGAUAAGCAGAGCUCUGAUCCGGAAGAUGAGGAUAUUUACACCAAGAAAAAACAACGCUUUGCCAUGUUGGAUACUCUUAUCAUGGCUGAAAAGGAUGGAGCAAUUGAUCAUGAGGGCAUUUGCGAGCAGGUGGAUACACUCAUGUUUGCAGGCUUCGAUACCACUUCCAUUGGUUUGAUAUUUGGGCUUAUGAAUAUGGGUUUAUAUCAGGAGCAGCAAGAGCUGUGCUAUCAGGAGAUAUGCGAGCACAUAGCUGACGACUUCAGCAAUUUGGACGUUAAUCAGUUGUCGAAACUCAAGUAUUUGGAUUGUUUUAUUAAGGAAACAAUGCGUUUAUAUCCGUCGGCACCCUCAAUUGGUCGUCAGACAACAAAAGAUACCGAACUUGGCAAUGGCCUAAUAUUACCCGCUGGCUCUCAAAUCAUACUCAACAUUUAUGAGCUGCAUCGCAAUCCCAACUACUGGAGCUCACCUCUGGAAUUUCAACCCGAACGCUUUCUGCCUGAGAACAGCAAAGAUCGUCAUACCUAUGCCUAUAUGCCCUUCAGUGCGGGUCAACGCAAUUGCAUAGGUCAAAAGUAUGCCAUGCUCGAGAUGAAGACAUUUAUCACUGUUAUCAUUAAGAAGUUCAAGAUUUUACCCAUUUUCCAUCCGAAGGAUUUGCGCUUAAGCUUGGGAAUCACACUAGGUUUUAAAAAUAAUAUUAAUGUCAAACUGGUGAGACGUAGUUAG